AUGCAGUGCUUAAAAGGAAGUCUUCGGGGAGAAGCCGCGACGCUCAUCAAUCAUUUAACAAUAACAGCAAACAAUUAUACAGCGGCAGUUGAACUGCUAAAACAAAGAUACAACAAUCCAGCAAUACUUGUGGACAAUCUUAUUAAUAAGUUAUUGUCGCUCAUAGUAAUAAGAAAUGAAAAUGUACAGGAUUUAAAAAAAUUAAUGGAUGCUUCUAGAGAAGUGUUAUAUGGUAUACGUAAUUUAAAUGUGGACACGUCAAGUUGGGAUCCACUAAUAAUUCAGAUACUACUUCCAAAAUUAGAUGGUGAAACCAGAAAUUUAUACCAACAUUCAAGAGGAGCAUCAACACAAAUACCAAAAUUGAACAGCUUAUACGAGUUUAUUGAGUGUAGAGUUAGAGGACUGGAGGCAACUCGUGAUACAAAUCGCAAAAAUAAGAGUAAUUUUCGACCAGCAGCUGUAAAUACUAAAACGCAUAUAUUUACAAUACAUACACUAUGUUUGAUGUGUAAUGGUAACCAUCAAUUAAUUAGAUGUUCAAAGUUUCUAAAUAUAAAGGUACCGGAACGUCGUGAAAAGAUUAUGAACGCCAAAUUAUGUUUUAAUUGCCUUCAGAGUGGGCAUUUUAGUAAGUUGUGCUUGAAUAAAGAAAGAUGUACAAUUUGCGACAAAAAACACCAUCAUCUUAUACAUGAACAAGUUAAAGGCAAACCAAAAUUUACAAAUAACAUAAAUAAGAGGAUGCCAACACUGAAGAACACUACGGACACCGAAGUGGCAGCAUCGUACAACAUCCAAAAGGAAAAAACUGUUUUACUAGUAAUAGCAAUGGUAAUUAUAAAGACUAAAGAAGAACUUAAUCCGAUACGAGCGCUUCUUGAUCAAGGAUCACAAUCUUGUAUAAUAACAGAACAAUUAACAAGAUCAAUCAGAGCACCAUUGACCAAUCAUCAAACUCAGGUAAAAGGUAUCAAUGGGCAAACAACAAGCGUUGUAGCCAAAUGCUCAUUAGAAAUUCAAUCCAUACACGAUCAGAAUAAGAGCUGUCAUAUCGAAGCAAUAGUGUUACCAAAAAUCACCUCAAAAAUGCCAAAUGCAGAAUUCAUGCCAGGAAAAUGGUCUCAUAUCGAUGGAUUGCAGUUAGCAGAUCCUUGGUAUGCUGAACCAAAGGAAAUACAAUUGUUAAUCGGGUCGGACGUGUUACCAGAAGUGUUUAAAGAAGGAUUAAUUAAAGGGUCAGACAACUCUCCAAUGGCUCAAAACACACUAUUUGGAUGGAUAUUAUCAGGACCUUUAGAUGUAGAGCGUACAAUCACAAACAAUAUAACGUUAUGCACCAUGGCUUGCGGCAACAGCGACGAGUAUUUAAAACGGUUUUGGGACUUAGAGGAAAUUCCAAAUGCAGACUUAAGAACAGUAGAAGAAAGGCGUUGUGAGAGACAUUAUGAUUCAACUUGCGAUAAAACAGGACUUUAUAUCGUUAGGUUACCGCUAAAAAAUGAUCGAGAAACGUUAGGCGAGUCCAGAAAAAUGGCAUUGAAACCGUUCUUUUCACUUGAAGAACAACUUGAGAAGAAUCCAGCACUAAAGCAAGAGUAUGUGAACUUUAUGCAAGAAGACAUUAAGCUGGGUCACAUGAAAGAAGUUAAUGAAAAACCAAAGAGAAGGGUAUAUUAUUUGCCGCAUCAUGCAGUUAUUAAAGAAGACAGCACGACUACAAACCUUCGAGUGAUGUUUGACGCGUCCGCAAAACCGACAUCAGGACAAUCACUGAACAGUAUUAUGAUGACUCCAGCGCAUGAUAGUCUUAUUAACUUUACAGAAACCAACUCAGAGACGGCAUCAACCAAGGCAGAUUCAGACACUCAAGAUAUGUUACCAUUGGGAAACAUUGUCAGAAAUAAAGAAGUAGUUCCGACAAAUUCUACUGUAGGAGAUCCUAGAACGCGACGACAAUGGUUAUCAGCUAGGCAAUCAAAAUCGACAGUUCUUGCUAUAUUUGGCAUAUCUCACAUUAGAAACUAUAUUAGCAACACCAGUCAUCAACACAUAAUCAACAACCUUCUGAGGUUAUCAAUUCUAAACCAGUUUGUAAUACCAACUCAGAGACGGCUUAAUGUUGAUGAAUCAACAAAAAACUAA